UGUUAAGUGACCACAACACACGUGCUAAGAUGGCAAAGCUUCACGCCGUGGCCCUCACGAUGUGGCUCUGGAUUGGACUGGCGAACGGCUACGUAGUCAAGGACGGCAACUGUACGCUCUCCACCAAAGGCCUUCCGGUGGUGGAAAAUUUUGAAGUGCAAAACUUUACCGGCAAGUGGUACGAGCUGGAGCGGUACGAACAGAACCACGAACGCGAUCUGGAGUGUGUGACCACCUCGUAUCGCAGCAGCGAGCCGGUCGGUAUGCUGGAGAUCCAAACCCGCGGCUACGAUCCAUCGAACGGAACCUUUGUCACCCUCACGAAUAUCGGCGCUUUCGAGGAACUGUCAAACUCGACCGGUAGCGUUGCGAAGCUGACGAUCAACGCCGGCAAAGCACUGCCUGUCGGUGCCGAGUACCGGGUCGUGGCCACGGACUACAGCAACUACACGAUCGUCUACGGGUGCCAACCGUUCCUGGGACCGGACCAAUCGGUCGAGGGCUACUGGCUGCUGUCGCGAACUCCACACCUCACCGACCAGCCGGAGGUGCUCGCAAGGGUAAACUAUCUGCGCUCGACCUUCUUCGUAGCGGGCCACAUACGUCGCACCAACCACUCCGAGGAACUCUGCGGCAACGAACCGGACCUGCCGGCGAUACCGCAAAGCAUUAUUCUGCCACCACCGAUUACGGUCCCGUCCGAGGAGGACACCACAUCGUUAAACGCCGAAUAGAACGGCAGAACGGUGGCGGAACAGAGCGUAGCGUAGUGGUCGUGGUAUCAGCAGAUAAGUCGAAGCCGUGUGUAGCAAAUAAACGAACU